AGUCCAAGAUGGCGGGCUGCAGGCGGAGGCGUCCCGGGGCCGGCGCCCGGCCGCUGCUGUGCGCCCUGCUGCUGGCGCUCUGCCGCUCGGCUGGGGGCGACGGCGCGGGGAGCGACCCCGCGCCCGCGCCGCCGCAUCGCCGCUUCGAGUACAAGUACAGCUUCAAGGGGCCGCACCUGGUGCAGAGCGACGGGACUGUGCCCUUCUGGGCCCACGCGGGGAAUGCCAUUCCAAGUUCAGAUCAGAUUCGAAUAGCACCGUCUUUAAAAAGCCAAAAGGGAUCGGUGUGGACAAAGACAAAAGCAGCCUUUGAGAACUGGGAGGUGGAGGUGACGUUCCGAGUGACCGGAAGAGGUCGGAUUGGCGCAGACGGCCUGGCCCUUUGGUAUACAGCAAACCAAGGCUUGGAUGGGCCCGUCUUUGGCGCAGCGGACAUGUGGAACGGCGUUGGCAUCUUUUUCGACUCUUUUGACAAUGAUGGAAAGAAAAAUAAUCCUGCUAUAGUAAUUAUAGGCAACAAUGGACAGUUCCAUUAUGAUCAUCAAAAUGACGGUGCUAGUCAGGCCCUCGCAAGUUGCCAGAGGGACUUUCGAAACAAACCCUAUCCUGUGCGGGCCAAGAUCACAUAUUACCAGAAAACGCUGACGGUGAUGAUCAACAACGGCUUCACGCCAGACAGGAACGAUUAUGAAUUUUGUGCCAAGGUGGAAAAUAUGGUCGUCCCGGCACAAGGGCACUUUGGAAUAUCUGCUGCCACAGGGGGUCUUGCAGAUGACCACGAUGUCCUUUCUUUCCUGACUUUCCAACUGACGGAGCCUGGGAAAGAGCUGCCUACGCCAGAUAAAGAAAUUUCGGAGAAAGAGAAGGAAAAGUACCAGGAGGAAUUUGAGCACUUCCAGCAGGAGUUGGAUAAAAAGAAGGAGGAGUUCCAGAAGGACCACCCGGACCUGCAGGGGCAGCCCGCAGAGGAAAUAUACGAGUCCGUGGGAGACCGGGAGCUCAGGCAAGUCUUUGAAGGACAGAAUCGGAUUCACCUUGAGAUCAAGCAGCUGAAUCGGCAGCUGGACAUGAUUCUAGACGAACAGAGAAGAUACGUCUCUUCCCUGACAGAGGAGAUCUCCAAGAGAGGAACGGGACCCGCGGGGCAGCCUGGCCAGCUCUCUCAGCAGAACCUGGACACUAUUGUCAACACUCAGCAUGAGAUUCUGAGACAAGUCAAUGAAAUUAAGAAUUCCAUGAGCGAGACCGUCAGGUUGGUGAGCGGCAUCCAGCACCCCGGGUCCGCGGGGGCCGUGUACGAGAGCACGCAGCACUUCAAUGACAUAAAGGAGCACCUCCACGUCGUGAAACGCGAUAUCGACCACCUGGUGCAGCGCUCGGCGCCGGCAAAUGAAAGGCCCAAAUGCCCGGAACUUCCACCAUUUCCAUCCUGUUUGUCGACGAUGCACUUUGUCAUUUUUGUAGUGGUACAGACGAUGUUGUUCAUUGGUUAUAUCAUGUAUAGGACUCAGCAAGAAGCAGCUGCCAAAAAAUUCUUUUGACCACAAUUUUCAUAUGUGUACCAUGUAUGUAUGUACAAAAUGUCUUGUGAGGGAAUGGAAGUAUCUAAAUGGCUUCAUAGUCUAAAUUAUUACAUCUUGUAUAAAAUAACUGUUGAAACACUGAUUUGCAGUAAGAAUAAACCUUAAAGACAACCACAUGUAAAUUGUGUAUAGUACAUAAAUGUAUUUAAAUGCAAGUGAAUUUCCGGCCAGUAGAAUUCAGCCAUUGAAAAGAAUAUUGAUAAAGAAAACAGUGCGGGCGGCCCUUGGCUGUCAACCGUCAUCCAGCUCACAGGGGUGGGCGGUUUCUACUUAACAGGAGCGCACUCGCCGUCCCGGCCCCUGGAAGUAUGAUGUCUAGUCCAGAACCCCCAUCAGAUUGUCAAAGGUCAGGGUUUCCUGCUCUUGCCGACCAGCCGUCCAGUCCUGUCAGACCCCCUGAAACCUGAGACUGUUUUGCCCGGGAGCCGCAGGCUGUGGAGAAUACUUCAGGUUCCUGGGUGCGUUUCCCCCACUCUGGUCAUCAGUGAAGUGAGGGGAGGAUGCUUUGAGCUACUCCUCGCCUGGGAAACGGUUCCAGCGUUCCUCUGAGAAAGGCUUCUCUGGGCGCUGUGCUGUCUGCCCUGUGUGGGUCGCCCAGCCUCAGGUGUCUUGGUUCCGGCGGGUGCGGUCAGGACCUGGGAAACUACUUUCGAGUGCAUCCUUGCAAGGCUGUUUCUCCCGCCUGAGCAUCACGCCAGUUCUCCUCAGAGCGUAUGUUCCGAGAGGGCAUUGCAGUCUUCCACGAGGCCCUUCUUCACUUCCUGUCUCCUCAGCCUGCGACUGCAGCCCUGUCAGCAUCAAAGAGGCAGUAGUCAAAGCAGCAUUAAAAAUUCUUAAGGCAGAAUUUGAUAAAUAAGGUCAGUACUUUGCAUCUCUCUUAAAGCCCUAAGUAAGGAAGCUGUGAAGUGUGUGCUGGUCAGCUCGGCCUUGAGGCGUCCAGCUGAAGGACCAGCGACCGUCCUUGUGUAGGGGUGUCAGAAAGCCGGGCUCGGAGUGACAUUCUGUAGUAAAUACAGCUCUCUGCUUGUCUGCACCGUUGCUGUGGAUUUCUUUAUGCUGGCUACAAGAUGCUCUUUCCGCUGACGUGGUCAUCUUCCAUUGCCCUAGAGUCCAGAAUGAUGUUUUUCUCCCAGAAACUGCUCUUCCGCGCCUUCCUACGAUUUCUCUCAGUUGUCCUUUACGGAUUGAGCUCACUGCAGCCCGUGCAGACUCUACCCACUCGCAGGAUCUUUGGACACACACUGUCUUGCUUGUCCCCAUAGACAAUGCCUCACUCACCUCUGCCUUGCUGACAACAUCAUCACCACAGAAUUUAUUCUUUGCAGAGGGUGGGGGAGCCAGAGGGUGGGGGGAGGUCACCUAUAGAGCAAUGUGUGAACGCUUAGGAACGGCUCCUGCUGUAAGAGGCUGCAGAUUCCCGGCGGUAGAGAAGGUCAUGGUGGAACUGGUGGAGGGUAGCAGAGCUGUGCUGUGGGCGCGUGCAGGCUAACUCAGGGGCCUGAUGCAUGUGGAGGCCGCAGUUGGGAAGGCAUGCACACGGAGCUCUCCCACUUCACUAGAUCAGAAAAAAAAAAGUUUGCACAGGGUGGGGUUGAGCUUAGGCUUCCGAGUUCUGUUUCUUUUCCUCAAAAUCAUUGACUUGCCCUUCAUUUUGAGAGAAAAAAAAAUGUUCAUUCUGUGGAAAAAUCAGUCACUGCCAGAAUUCUGCCAUUUCUAUACUCUUUCUAUGAGUGAAUUUGUUAACUUUCCUCACACCAGCAAGUAUUCUACGGGUGCCUUGGAUUCCAACAGAAACUGAUUUUAAAUUUUUAGUGUAACUCACCGUGUGUAUGAUGCCAACUUGUCAGAAAAAUGUAAUCACCUAAUGGCUAAUACCGUUCUUUAAUGUACCUGUUUGUGUUUUAAUUGUUUAAGUGUUUUAGGCAGUUUUAAAACUUCACUCUGAAGCCAAGCACCAUGAACUAUAUGUGUUGCUGUGUAUUGGAGAAAUCGGUUUCUCGUGAUCAAGGAUUGUUAGACAUUCAGGUUCCAGGGGGCAGAUAAAAGAGCAGGGAGGAUGUCUGCCGUGCACACAGCUUACCCGGGUUUGACCCCUGCAUCCCAUAGGGUGCCCCACGCACCAUCAGGAGUGAUCCCUAAGUGCAGAGCCAGGAGUGGGCCCUGGGUGGUCCCAAAACAAGAACAAAGAACACAGGUUCCAGGGCACCUUUGCAAACUGGCUGAUCAUAGCUCAGAUGAGGAAGUGUUGGGGGGGGGGCUUCAGAAUGCCUGCAUCAGCAGGGCCCUGGGGGACUUGUGUUUGGAGAACUAUCAAGAUGAGGGAGUAAAGUAAAUAAGUUGUUUUGUGUUGGCAUCGAGCCAAACCGAGAGCGUAGUGAACUGCAUCACUGUCAGGAGCAGACGCACCGACUGCCCCGCUCACAGUAUGCUCCUCGGUCUUUGGACAAGACUAGCUUCCUCAGCAACUUCAGACAAACCCAGAUCCUUUUCCUGUAGUUCCUGGAAAUCCGGCUGAUGACUUGAAACUGACAGACUCCGACUCAUGGCCUGACUCUGACAACACCCAUCUCCAGGUCUGCUUUCCUGAGGGGGAUUCUUGUGACAUUUUUAUCUCAGACACUUGUACUUUUUGAUAACUCGGGGAAAAGAAAUUACUUGAACAAGGGAUCGCCUGACACCCUGCAUUGCAGAAAUACAAUCUUUAUAUGUAAAAAACACAAAUACUAAUUGUGACUAUCCAGACGUGAUGAUCUUUUCCUGUCCGCGUGCUUGUUGCAAGCCGGUGGUAAACAAAUGAUUCUGUUGAAGAUGCUUUUAUUUAUGAGAGCUAAUGUAAAGUCACCACUUGCAACUUUUCAGAUCUCUAUGUUGCCUGUUUAAUAUAAUUCUUUUUAAGUCUAAAAGUUUUCUAGCCAUCGUUUAUUUCGAUUCGAUAACAUUUUUGUCAAGUAUUGUUGGUUUUUUUUUUUCUGGUUGUUACUUGAUGCUAGAUGGAAUUUUAAAAAUGACAUUGACCUAUUCAAAUAAAGAAAUAUUUUAGUAAA